AUGGAUAAGAUUCCAGGCGUCUUCAAAACUUGGGAACUCAGCUCAUCUCAGCAGUCGGAGGUUGAACGUCUCCUCGAGGAUACAGAUGAGAUGUACAAUCUCAACCUCGUUGUAGCUUAUCCGGACUUCCAAGUCCUCUGGAAGACGUGUCUACGAGUCUUCCGGUAUUCACCAAACUGUCUAAUUUCGGCAAUAAACUAUUUGCAAUACGGGGGGGAAAACAAACAGGUUGGCAAAGCCAUCUUCUCCACCGCCUUCAGCAAGUUGCUAUCGUCUUUGAUAGUGCACCCAAUUUGGGACUGCAACUACCGCAAGUUGCGGGUGGCUCUCCAAUUCGUGGUCAUGUGCCGAAUUGAGAGUGGUGAACGUUGGCCUGCGUCAAGGUGUGACACAUUCGAUUGUCAAGCACUUGAACUCCUGUGGGAGAGGUUCGACGAACUCGAACCUGGAUCUGUGUCCCAAAAGCUGAGACAGGCCCUUGCGUUAACCCCAGUUGAGGAAGAGUUCCCGACGUUUCUGCUGACAAUUUCUCAGUAUGUCAAUCAGAAGACCACCGACAGUGAUAUUAACCCUGCAUACCGUGGCCUCUUGGCAUACCCCGUGGAAAUGAGAGACUUGAAGUCGAUCGAGCAAGCGCUUGAUAACUACGCCUGGAUGCACGAAGCUUGGAGAAUCAGCACCCAGCGCAUAUGGGAAGCCUUCAAGGUUGAACGAGGGACAAGUACGACGGAGUUCCCGAAGGGCGAUCAACUAAAGGAAUAUAUACCGUCGGCUGUUCGCCACAUAUAUGGCUACAUUGUGCGGGUGGGCGUUAGCCCAACACCGAGUCCUGGCGUGGAUGCUGAAGGGUCAGAAGGGAGCCAAAUCUCGUGGCUAGACAGUCAUGGUUCCUCUGACGAGGAAGUCUAUCCUACGAUGUCCGGGGCCAUCGAUUCUUCUGGCCGCCAAAGGAGUGCCGACAGUGAAGCCUUGAGGCGAUUGGAAGCUUCCAACCACGAGCUCAGAGCUGGCUACGAGGCGCUUAGGGCUGAUCACGAGGCACUUAGAGAGCGAGUGCAAGCCAAUGAGGGCUUAAUUGCCGAAAAUGAGCGCCUCCGCCGACAGCGUAACGCCUUCAGAGCCCUCGCUAGACGUCAAGCCAGGGAGAUUCAAGUUCUGCGUCAACAAAGAACAUAG